GUCGAUAUUUUUGUUAAUGCUGUAAAAAUUUCUUGACCCGUUAAAGGUGAUCUUUCAAGAAAACCCUUACUUGGUUUAUGUUCUUCAGGGGUUUACUUAUACACUUCGUUCCACAAAAUUCGUGAAUGUUAUUCCUUAACAUGGUAUAAGCGCAUUUCGGGGUGCCUACGGUUAGAAUAAUCUUUGAUCAAGAACUGUAAGAGGAUUUUCGGCUGCGGGGAGAGAGAUGGCAGGUGGUAGCAGGGAGGAGGACUUAGCUGGUGCUUCAGUGAGGUUGAUGAAUUUUGUAUCGGAAAAUCAGUUGGAAGAAUCAAAGCGAACCCGCGGGGCUCGGGUUGAAGAUGGUACUGCCCAAAGAGAUAGAUCCCUGUACGAGGUCAUGCUGUCAUUUGUCUGGUUUUUUAAGUAAAUAAGCUACCAGUACAAAAUACUUGAAUGCAGUCCAUGUAGCAGCAGCAAUCCAUUGUUUGCCUUACCUAAUUUAAUCUUGAAGUUAGAUUGAUUUUGGCUGCUCAAAACUUCUCUCCAAUUACAACUUACAGGUAUUACAGGAGAACAAGGACAAAAAGGAUGCAGAAUUCAACGAACGCAUCAAGCAUAGGCCACCCAAAGCUCUAGAUGAGGAAGAAAUGGAGUUUCUUGAUAAACUUGAGGAGUCGAGGCGGGAAUAUGAAAAACAACUUAUUCACGAGGAAGAAAGGCAACUACAAACUUUCCAAGCAGCAGUUGCUGCACAGUCUGCAUUUGUCCACGAGAUCAAAGAAACACCAAUAGCUCCUAAAAUUCAGGAACAAAGAACAGCCAGUUCUGCGAGGAAGAACCCUUCUGCCAAACCGUUGGGAAUUAUGAUUAAGGUUAAGCCACCAGCAAAGAAAGCUAAAAUGGAUAUCACAAAUUCUGAAGCUCCUGUUUUGGCUGGGACAACUUCCCAUGGUGAUCUCAAAGAGUUGGAGGGAUAUGUGAAGACUCCACUUGUUCAUACCGACAACACUGAGUCUGUUUCCAAAAGUAGCUUAGUACAAUAUAGCGAUGAAAGUGAUGAUGAGUAGUUUAGUUGUUCAGAUGGAAUUUGGCGAUCUUAACUUGUGAUCUUACACAACUAAUAUUUCUUCCAGUAUUUGUGAUUUUAAUUCUAAUCUGGAAAUAGGUACUGCCACCCCUGUACAGUGUCC